AUGGCCAUAACCCAGGUAGUGACCUUGGACUUGCACUUGGCCGCAGAACUGGGGAAGACGCUGCUGGAGAGGAACAAGGAGCUGGAGGAGUCUCUGCAGCAGAUGUACUCCACCAAUGAGGAGCAAGUGCAGGAGAUCGAGUACCUAACCAAACAGCUAGACACGCUGCGGCACGUGAAUGAGCAGCAUGCCAAAGUGUAUGAGCAGCUGGACCUGGCAGCCCGGGACCUGGAGCUGACCAACCAGAAGCUGGUGCUGGAGAGUAAGGCUGCCCAGCAGAAGAUCCAUGGGCUGACAGAGACCAUUGAGCGCCUGCAGACCCAGGUCGAGGAGCUGCAGGCCCAGGUGGAGCAGCUGCGGGGCCUGGAGCAGCUGCGAGUGCGCCGGGAGAAGCGGGAACGCAGACGCACCAUCCACACCUUCCCCUGUCUCAAGGAGCUGUGCACCAGUCCCCGGUGCGAGGAUGCCUUCCGCCUGCACAGUUCUUCCCUGGAGCUGGGCCCACGGCCCCUGGAACAGGAGAAUGAGAGGCUGCAGACCUUGGUGGGGGUGCUGCGUUCCCAGGUGAGCCAGGAGCGGCAGCGCAAGGAGCGGGUGGAGCGCGAGUACGCAGUGGUGCUCCAGGAGUAUGCAGAGCUGGAGCGGCAGCUUUGUGAGAUGGAGGGCUGCCGCCUUCGUGUGCAGGAGCUGGAGGCCGAGCUGCUGGAGCUGCAGCAGAUGAAGCAGGCAAAGACUUACUUGCUGGGCCGAGAAGACCACCUGGCGGAGGCCCUGCUGGCGCCCCUCACCCAGGCCCCUGAAGCUGAUGACCCCCAGCCCGGCAGCGGGGACGACUCAGGCACCCAGGACGGUGUCUCCUCCCCGGCCGCCUCCCCAGGCCACGCCGUGCGCAAAAGCUGCAGCGACACGGCACUCAACGCCAUCGUGGCCAAAGACCCGGCCAGCCGGCACGCGGGCAACCUCACGCUGCACGCCAACAGCGUGCGCAAGCGGGGCAUGUCCAUCCUGCGCGAGGUGGACGAGCAGUACCACGCGCUGCUCGAGAAGUACGAGGAGCUGCUGAGCAAGUGCCGGCAGCACGGGGCUGGGGUGCGGCAUGCGGGCGUGCAGACCUCGCGGCCCAUCUCCCGGGACAGCUCGUGGAGGGACCUGCGGGGGGGCGAGGAGGGCCAGGGGGAGGCCAAGACGGGUGAGAAGAGCCUGAGCCAGCACGUGGAGGCCGUGGAUAAGCGGCUGGAGCAGAGCCAGCCCGAGUACAAGGCACUCUUCAAAGAGAUCUUCUCCAGGAUCCAGAAAACUAAGGCUGACAUCAAUGCCACCAAAGUUAAGACGCAUAGCAGCAAGUGACCCUUUCCCGGCCUGCAGCCUCCCCCAGAAGCAGGCCACGGGUCCCUUGCACCUGGGCCACGCAGCCUCUGGUGAGUGAAGGAGCCCUUAAGCAGCAAUAUACCCCAGCGGGAGGCCGCUCUCUGACCCAGGGAGCAUGUAGGGAAUGCAUGUUCCCUGCUGAUGUGGGAGGCCAUUGACAGGUCCUGCCUCCCAGGACCCUCCACCAUCCCACAUCAGCCCAAAGGCGCAGCCAAGAGAGUCUGAAAGCCAAAGGUCCCCACUCCCCUCGGGGACGUCCCCAUUCUCCCAGCCCCUGCUUCCUGACCAUGGGCCUCACUCUCAGAUUUGUGGCCAGGCUUCUGAAAGCCAUUCUGGACCAGUUGGCUUUCUUUUUUUUUUUUUUUUACCUUAAAUUUGGGUUCGGUUUUUUUUGGGGGGGGGAG